CCGGCCGGCAAUCAGAAUGGCGCCCAGGGAGACCCGAUCAAUGCCAACAAGAAUGCGGAGGACGCCGGAAAAAUGUUUGUUGGUGGCUUCAGCUGGGAUACCAGCAAAAAGGAUCUGAAAGACUAUUUUACCAAAUUUGGAGAGGUCAUUCACUGUACAAUAAAAAUGGAUCCUAACACUGGGCUGUUAAGAGAAUUUGGGUUCAUCCUCUUCAAAAACGUAACCAGCGUGGAGCAGGGACUAGACCAGGAGUAGUCCCGGAUGGAUGGUCGCAUUAUUGACCCUAAAAAGGCCAAGGUCAUGAAGAAGGAUCCAGUGAAGAAAAUCUUCGUUGGCGAUCUGAAUCCUGAGGCCACUGAGGAGAAGAUCAGGGAGUACUUUGGCGAAUUUGGGGAGAUUGAGGCCAUUGAAUUUCCCAUGGCUCUAAAGUCUAACAAAAGACGAGGCUUUGUUUUUAUCAUCUGUAAAGAGGAACCUGUGAAGAAAGUUCUGGAGAAAAAGUUUCACACUGUCAGUGGAAGCAAGUGUGAAAUCAAGGUGGCUCAGCCCAAAGAGGUCUACCAGCAGCAGCAGUACAGCUCUGGGGACUGUGGAAACUGCAACCGAGGGAACCAAGGCAAUGGUGGUGGUGGUGGUGGAAGUGGAGGUCAGGGUAGUACAAAUUACAGGAAGAGCCAGCGAUGCGGUGGCCACCAGAAUAACUACAAGCCAUGCUGAGGCCGUGGC